AUGGAGAAGCUUCCAACUAUUGUCAGUUCUCCAGAGUCUACAUCAGAUGUCCAUACCCAGGUGAAUGGGUCCUUCUUGAAAUCACCAUCAACAGAUGUUUCAGUCUAUGUUUCUCUGCUUAUCUCCAUAUUGGGAACAACUGGCAAUGGACUUGUCAUCUGGUAUCUCAUCUUCUACUUCAAGAAGAACUCUUUUAUUGUCUACAUCCUCCACCUCUCAAUGGCUGACUUAACUUUCCUACUUUGUACUUCUACCAAUACUAUAGUUCACAUGAUUUAUUCCAAGAAUCACUCAAUCAGGCUGCAAUUAUUUGACUUCAUCUUCUGUGGGCUGAUUCUGUUUGGCUACAACACUGGCCUCUACCUCCUGACAGCCAUCAGCGUGGAGAGAUGCCUAUCAGUUCUUUACCCUAUUUGGUACCAAUGCCAGCGCCCAAAGCACCAAUCUGCAGUGGUCUGCACUUUGCUGUGGGCACUCUCCAUUUUUGUGACCUGGUUAGAAGGCUUUUUCUGUUUUCAGGAUACAUUUCCCAGAUUCCCCUUUAGACCCUGUGCUGUUGUGAAAGUAUUUUUGCUUAUCUUGAACUUUCUUGUGUUUGCCCCUCUCAUGGUCUUCUCAAGCUUGACCCUCUUCAUCAAGGUCUUCUGCAACCUGAAGCACCGCCAGCCGACCAAGCUUUACAUCAUCAUCAUCACCACAGUCAUUCUUUUUCUUGUCUUUGCCAUGCCUUUGAGAGUCUUGCUGAUGUUAUUUGAUUUCCAGGAUGAAAACUAUGAAUUCCUAUUGCUAUUAUUUACAUAUUUGAAUUUGUUAUCUUGUAUUAAUAGUACCAUCAACCCAAUUGUCUAUUUGGUGGUUGGUCAGUUUAGGGGGCAAAAAUCCAAGAAGACCUUGAGAGAUACACUGCAAAAGGUGUUUGAGGAUAAAUUCUGUUCCUCUGAGAGAGAGAAGACAGCACUCUAA